GCUGCUGAGCUCGCGGCGUCCCCGAGGGCCCGCGGCUGGGAGGAUGGCCUGGGCUGCGAGUGGGGCGCGCGCCCGACGGCCGGGGCUCCCCUCUGAGCGGCCGCGGCUCCUGCACCUCCCCGGGGAGCCGCCCCUUCGAUGCCGCUAAGGCCAAGGACAUAUAGACGGUCUGCCGUCCCCCACUCAAACUGGGAUCAUGACUGUCCCCAAGGAGAUGCCCGAGAAGUGGGCUCGGGCCCGGCCACCUCCCUCUUGGAGCCGAAAGAAGCCCUCUUGGGGGACAGAAGAAGAAAGGAGGGCGCGGGCUAAUGACCGAGAAUACAAUGAGAAAUUCCAGUAUGCGAGUAACUGCAUCAAGACUUCCAAGUACAAUAUUCUCACCUUCCUGCCUGUCAACCUCUUUGAGCAGUUCCAGGAAGUUGCCAAUACUUACUUCCUGUUCCUCCUCAUUCUGCAGUUGAUCCCACAGAUCUCUUCCCUGUCCUGGUUCACCACCAUUGUGCCUUUGGUUCUUGUCCUCACCAUCACAGCUGUUAAAGAUGCCACUGAUGACUAUUUCCGCCACAAGAGUGAUAACCAGGUGAAUAACCGCCAGUCUCAGGUGCUGAUCAAUGGAAUCCUCCAGCAGGAGCAGUGGAUGAAUGUCUGUGUUGGUGAUAUUAUCAAGCUAGAAAAUAACCAGUUUGUCGCGGCGGAUCUCCUCCUCCUUUCCAGCAGUGAGCCCCAUGGGCUGUGUUACAUAGAGACAGCAGAACUGGAUGGCGAGACCAACAUGAAAGUACGUCAGGCGAUUCCAGUCACUUCAGAAUUGGGAGACAUCAGUAAGCUUGCCAAGUUUGAUGGUGAAGUGAUCUGUGAACCUCCCAACAACAAACUGGACAAAUUCAGCGGAACCCUCUACUGGAAGGAAAACAAGUUCCCCCUGAGCAACCAGAACAUGCUGCUGCGGGGCUGUGUGCUGCGAAACACCGAGUGGUGCUUCGGGCUGGUCAUCUUUGCAGGUGAGCCUCCUAGCAUCCAAAGAAAGAAGGGCCUCUUAUCCAGCCAGUGUCUCUAUUCCACCCUGCUCUCCAGAAUCCUCAAAGGGCCACAUGUGGCCCAGAGGCUGCGGGCUGGACAAGCUGGCACGAGAGCAAGCGGCCAGUUUUUAAAGAUGUCUGAGCUUUUGAGGGCUCAAGGGAUGAAUGCAUCACAGAUGUACUUGGUUUUGAGGGCUUCCUACAUGUCACCCUCGCCUGUGCUUCUCAUUCCUCCCCAGAUUUUUGGAUUCCUGGUUUGCAUGGGGGUGAUCCUGGCCAUUGGCAAUGCCAUCUGGGAGCACGAGGUGGGGACGCGCUUCCAGGUCUACCUGCCCUGGGAUGAGGCAGUGGACAGUGCCUUUUUCUCUGGCUUCCUCUCCUUCUGGUCCUACAUCAUCAUCCUCAACACCGUUGUGCCCAUUUCACUCUAUGUCAGUGUGGAGGUCAUCCGUCUGGGCCACAGCUACUUCAUCAAUUGGGAUAAGAAGAUGUUCUGCAUGAAGAAGCGGACGCCUGCAGAAGCCCGCACCACCACGCUAAACGAGGAGCUGGGCCAGGUGGAGUACAUCUUCUCCGACAAGACGGGCACCCUCACCCAGAACAUCAUGGUCUUCAACAAGUGCUCCAUCUAUGGCCGUAGCUAUGGUGAUGUGUUUGAUGUCCUGGGACACAAAGCUGAAUUGGGAGAGAAGCCAGAACCUGUUGACUUCUCCUUCAAUCCUCUGGCUGACAAGAAGUUCUUAUUUUGGGACCCCAGCCUCCUGGAGGCUGUCAAGAUCGGGGACCCCCAUACGCAUGAGUUCUUCCGCCUCCUUUCCCUGUGCCAUACUGUCAUGUCGGAAGAAAAGAAUGAAGGAGAGCUGUACUACAAAGCUCAAUCCCCAGAUGAGGGGGCCCUGGUCACUGCAGCCAGGAACUUUGGUUUUGUAUUCCGCUCUCGCACCCCCAAAACGAUCACCGUCCAUGAGAUGGGCACAGCCAUCACCUACCAGCUGCUGGCCAUCCUGGACUUCAACAACAUCCGCAAGCGGAUGUCAGUCAUAGUGCGGAAUCCAGAGGGGAAGAUCCGACUCUACUGCAAAGGGGCUGACACUAUCCUACUCGACAGACUGCACCACUCCACUCAGGAGCUGCUCAGCACCACCGUGGACCACCUUAAUGAGUACGCAGGGGAAGGGCUGAGGACCCUGGUGCUGGCCUACAGGGAUCUGGAUGAAGAAUACUAUGAGGAGUGGGCUGAGCGACGCCUCCAGGCCAGCCUGGCCCAGGACAGCCGGGAGGACAGGCUGGCUAGCAUCUACGAGGAGGUGGAGAACAACAUGAUGCUCCUGGGUGCAACGGCCAUUGAGGACAAGCUUCAGCAAGGGGUCCCGGAGACCAUUGCCCUCCUGACGCUGGCCAACAUCAAGAUUUGGGUGCUAACCGGAGACAAGCAAGAGACGGCUGUGAACAUUGGCUAUUCCUGCAAGAUGCUGACGGACGACAUGACCGAGGUGUUCAUAGUCACUGGCCAUACUGUCCUGGAGGUGCGGGAGGAGCUCAGGAAAGCCCGGGAGAAGAUGAUGGACUCAUCCCGCUCCGUAGGCAACGGCUUCACCUACCAGGAGAAGCUUUCUUCUUCCAAGCUAACUUCUGUCCUGGAGGCCGUUGCUGGGGAGUACGCCCUGGUCAUCAAUGGUCACAGCCUGGCCCACGCGCUGGAGGCGGACAUGGAGCUGGAGUUUCUGGAGACAGCGUGUGCCUGCAAAGCUGUCAUCUGCUGCCGCGUGACCCCCUUGCAGAAGGCACAGGUGGUGGAACUGGUCAAGAAGUACAAGAAGGCUGUGACGCUUGCCAUUGGAGAUGGAGCCAAUGAUGUCAGCAUGAUCAAAACGGCUCACAUUGGUGUGGGCAUCAGUGGGCAGGAAGGGAUCCAGGCUGUCCUGGCCUCCGAUUACUCCUUCUCCCAGUUCAAGUUCCUGCAGCGCCUCCUGCUGGUGCAUGGGCGCUGGUCCUACCUGAGAAUGUGCAAGUUUCUUUGCUAUUUCUUCUACAAAAACUUUGCUUUCACCAUGGUCCACUUCUGGUUUGGCUUCUUCUGCGGCUUCUCAGCCCAGACCGUCUAUGACCAGUAUUUCAUCACCCUGUAUAACAUCGUGUACACCUCCCUGCCAGUCCUGGCUAUGGGGGUCUUUGAUCAGGAUGUCCCCGAGCAGCGGAGCAUGGAGUACCCUAAGCUGUAUGAGCCGGGCCAGCUGAACCUUCUCUUCAACAAGCGGGAGUUCUUCAUCUGCAUCGCCCAGGGCAUCUACACCUCCGUGCUCAUGUUCUUCAUUCCCUACGGGGUGUUCGCCGAGGCCACCCGGGAUGAUGGCACCCAGCUGGCUGACUACCAGUCCUUUGCAGUCACUGUGGCCACAUCGCUGGUCAUCGUGGUUAGUGUGCAGAUUGGGCUGGACACAGGCUACUGGACGGCCAUCAACCACUUCUUCAUCUGGGGCAGCCUUGCUGUUUACUUUGCCAUCCUCUUUGCCAUGCACAGCAAUGGGCUCUUCGACAUGUUUCCCAACCAGUUCCGGUUUGUGGGGAAUGCCCAGAACACCUUGGCCCAGCCCACGGUGUGGCUGACCAUCGUGCUGACCACGGUCGUCUGCAUUAUGCCUGUGGUUGCCUUUCGAUUCCUCAGGCUCAAUCUGAAGCCAGAUCUCUCCGACACGGUCCGCUACACCCAGCUGGUGAGGAAGAAGCAGAAGGCCCAGCACCGCUGCAUGCGGCGGGCUGGCCGCACAGGCUCCCGGCGCUCCGGCUACGCCUUCUCCCACCAGGAGGGCUUUGGGGAGCUCAUCAUGUCCGGCAAGAACAUGCGGCUGAGCUCCCUCGCGCUCUCCAGCUUCACCACCCGCUCCAGCUCCAGCUGGAUUGAGAGCCUGCGCAGGAAGAAGAGUGACAGCGCCAGUAGCCCCAGUGGCGGUGCCGACAAGCCCCUCAAGGGCUGAAGGUGGAGGAUGGAUGCCCUGUGCCAGUGACCAGAGCACCCAGGGCUGGCCAGCCACUGACGGAGCAGCGUCUCGGAAGUGCUGGUCCUCACUCCUUGCCUCCCGUCCUCCCUGGUAGACUCUGUCCUGCUGGUCCCGCCACGCGUGGCUGGGGCAUCCAUCCCCAGCUGCAGGCCCUUCCACCAGCUGGGGAGCUAGAGGGAGCAGGCCCAAGGGCAGAGCAGAGGCUGAGGCACGGGGAGCCAGCCCCGGUCGGGGACCAGAUGUGGAACCAAAAACAAGAAAAAACUGUGAGAGAUUGCGUCUGCCCCUGCCCUGCCUGGGACCCACAGGGAGACUAUAAUCUCCUUAUUUUUUUACUCCUACUCCCCAGAGGGGCCCUAGCGCCCCUGUUCCUGAAUUACACAAGAAUGUACCAUGCCGGGAAGCCAGAGACCUGCGGGGGCCUUGGCCCCUCACAUCGUGUAUGUCUCUCCUUGAUUUGUGUUGUGUCCAGUUUGGUUUUGUCUUUUUUAUUUGGCAAGUGGAGGAGGCCUUUAUGUGACUUUUAUGUUGUGGUUGGUGUCUUAACCCUCCUGGGAAGAGGAGGCUGGCACACACUGGGAUGCUGCAGCCUGGCGGGCUGUGGGGUGGUUCGGGAGGAUCUGCCUCAGCUCUCUGCAGUGCUCUGUGGGACGGAGGAGCUGACCAGGGAGGGAGGUGCCCGUCAGCAGAGGGUGGUGGGAAGGGCAAAGGAGGGUUUGGUCCUGUCUCCUUCCUCACCUUGAGAGUACAGUGCUGCCCUGUGCCCCCAACACACACGUAUCAGUUCCUGGGUUCCUUAGUCCUGCUGGCCUUGGGCUGGAGCCUGGGAAAGUAGCCCCCAAAUCCUUAGUGAGCUAAACCUGGGUCUGAAAUUUGGUCGGUGGGGAGGGGCAGUUUUCUUUAAUAUUAAAUUUAAAGCCAAGUUUAUUGGCAGACUCCCUUUUAACCUCCCUUUGACUCCCCCUCUGGUGCUUUCUUGCACCUAAACCCCAGGGCCCUGCGCCUGAGAUGAGACUGGAAGGGAAUUGGCCUUUCUUCUCCCUUCUCCCAGAAGCAAGGAGCCCCGCCCCUCAGGCCCAGCAUCUGGCAAGAGGUGGUGGAGUCCUUGUACUGGGUGGUAGGGGAGGAGAAGGGCACAGCCAGGCCCAGGCCAGCACCUGGCUUGGUCUGGAUGGGACACAGUAAGAGUCCGGCCACAGCCUGUCCUUUACAUCGUCCACACCUAUGAAGCUAUUCCCUAAAUAAGGCGUUUCCCAAGUUAGUCGCUACCUAAUCAGCCUUGAGAAGAAUCCUUUCCUCUUUUUUUGGUAGUGGGUCAGGGGAUACUUCAGGAAUGGUGUGGAGCUGGGAGUGGGUAGGGGGAUUUUAAAUGUUCCAUGUGGGAGCCCCAAAGGAGCUGGAGGGGCAGCAGUGAGGUGGGGAUGGGGGGGCAGGGAGUGGGAGAGGGAAGUCUUGGCAGGGAAAUCCCUUUUGGCCGCACAGUUUACAAACCCAGUAUCAUGUCUGUCUGUGUGUCUCUCAAGGUGAGAGUCUGAUUUUUAUACCAAAGAGGAAAUGAUUUUUUUUCAUAUUUUGUUUGUCUAUAUUAUAUAAAUAUAUAUAUAUACAGUUAUAUAUAUAUAUAUAUAUUAUUUUUUGGUUCUCUCUCGUUUUUUAGGGAGGGAAGAAAGUACCAAGUUGCAUUGAGCUGUAAUUAAGGAACAUUAUAAUUUAUGACACAUUUCUAUACUUGCAAAAAUUAUAUCAUUUUAUGGAUAUAAGAGAAAAUGCCUUUUUAUAAAAUUUCAAUUUCUGAGAA